AUGGGCGGCGCCGAUUGCUUACCAUCAGAAUACGCUUUAUUCCUCCGCUCUGCUGAUAACGAUCUGGCGGGCGUAUGGCUGGAGGACAACAGGACGCUCGACUACUACAUGCUGAGGGAUGGAGAUGCCCUCGACUAUAUCUGCAAGAUCAGGACGCUGAGGGUCAAACUCCUGGAUGACACGGUGAAAACACUCCAAGUGGACGAGGCGAAGACGGUGGGCGAGCUGAUGAUGGGCAUUUGUGCCCGCAUCGGCAUCACAAACUAUGAUGAGUAUGGAUUGUGCCAUGAUGAGGAAGAAGAGACAGAAGAAGCUAAAGAAGUGAAGGAAGGUACGGGCACCCUGACGCUUAAAAAGAAGCAGGCCAAGCAGGAGCGUGACGCUGCACUGGAACAGCUUAGCAAGAAGCUAAAAACUGACGAUAAUGUCCAAUGGCUGGACCUGCACCGGUCUCUUCGGGAACAGGGUAUCGACCCCAAGGAGACCCUGCUGCUGAAGAGGAGGCUCUACUACUCCGACCGUAAUGUAGACUCCAGGGAUCCAGUACAGCUUCAUCUCCUGUACGUCCAAACCAGAGACACCAUCCUCAAAGGCACACAUCCAGUUACUGAACAGGAAGCUGCCGACUGCAAAUUAAGAUGGGUAAACAUAAGAGAUGUACACAGACGGAUACUGAGGAAAAAUUUAAUGGACCCAGCGAACCCGUCGAAGUCAUACAAAUAUGAAAACGAACUAACUUUCAUGAAGGCUUUCUACAAAGAUAUUAAUAUAACCCAAACGGGACAGGAUGAUGAAAAGGAAGAAGAAGACAGAGUUUCUAACUCCUGGGUGGACCCACCUGAAGAAGAACGUCAGUGUAGCGACGAAGAUUUAGAAGUACCGAAGAAAAAAGUGAAAACUAGAAGGAAAAGGUCUAUAAAGAGACAGGAGCCGCAUUUUGAAGAGGUUAAUCACACAAUUCCGGUGUUCAACGAAAGUAUGACUACAGAGUUGGAUGCUACAGACUCUGUGGAUGCGUUUUUACUAAGCAUAGGAGCUACAUUGAAGACAUUUUCCCCAUAUCACUUGAAUUUAGCAAAAAGUAAAAUUUUCGCGGUCGUUCAAGAUCACGACUUGCAGCAGAUUGUAGAACGACAAAGACCACCUGCAGAAGGGUCUGAAAUUAAAAUAGCAAGUUCACAAAGUUUUUACUCAGGAUAA